AUGCCUAGGCAGAUGAUCAACUGGCGGGUCUACGUCUACGCCAAUUCACUAUAUUCCCUCCCGGAUCCAGAGAUGCCCGACUUUCGCGAGUGGUCGCCAGAAUAUUUUCGUCGCAAUCCCUACGAAAUGCAUAGGAUUAUGGACUGGGUAAAUCGGGAUAUUUCGGUGCUCGUCAAGUCCGGCAAGUCGGAUCUUUACUUUGUGUACGAGUCCAUUUUGAGUUUGCUUCCACAAUUUAGUAUGAAAAGUUAUGAAUUUAGCUAUACUUUGGAGACCUAUAUUGGCCCCGAAUACGAUCACUUUCUCUACGAACUGAUCAACUUUGCGCGAUCUCCGUACGAUGAUCUAAUAUCCUACGAGUGUAACACUCAGUACAGAGCUUUGAUGGACGAAAAUUUUGGACCUGAUACUACUGCUAUCGAAAGGGAUCGUAAUGUUUUGUCUCCACAUCUUCACAGCUUUGUAGAGUUUUCACGACGCAUCAAUCACGAUGAUUGCGGUGGCUUUGAAACGAAUUUGGCCAUGGAAGAUGAAGAUUACUAUGAGCUAGAUGAACUAAUGAGGUCGCGAUUCAAUUGCCCAUGCCUUGGGGAGUUGGAUGGUGAAGUGACAGGACCCAUAAUCCAAAGUGUGGUGAUAAGACCUCCUAGCCAGCAGCAGGCUCAGGCGAAUCGGCGUACUCAAUCGCAACCAGUGGCACAAAGCAACCAACCGCAGCCGGCUCAGCAAGAUCAGCAACAGCCUUCGCAACCAGGACAACAGCAGGCUUCAUCCUCAGGAAACCGUCCACCAAUUGUAUUACCCGUUGAGGAUCUGCAAUUAGAGGUGGCGAUCGAGCGCAGUAUGUUUGAAGGUGCCGUGCAGGGAGGUCGCGCGCCGCGUAAUCCCAAUAACCGUUUGAUACGCAAUCCCAACGGGACCGGAUCAGGGACAGGAACAGGAACAGCACCAGGAUCAGGAUCCAGCUUGAUGAAUCCACCACCACCAGUUGCUGGUGCUCCCGCCGCCAACUCCGCUGCGAUGCAGAGACGUGCUAUUUCGGUUGGGCGUGUACGCCGUCGACGCCCGACAAACCCACGCUAGGAUAAUUUCCUAAUUACAAUGUCCUUUCGCAACAUUUUAAAACUUAAGUAUAAUACAAUCUAGUGCGCCGAGGUCUCUGUUAAUGCUAUCUCAGAAACAGCACGAAUAAAAAGGUUCAAAAGGCAUUAAAAAUUGAUAACGAUAACGGUAUUGGGUAACUGUGAAAAAAGGGAUGGCCCAUCAAUUCGGACAUGCCGUGGAAAAUUGCGUGCCAAAUAUGCCUUUAGCGCAUAUUUCCCCUUUGUCUUAAUUUCGGCAGAAAAGGUAGCAACCGACC